AGUUCAUUUACUCUUACAAAAUGCCACACAUAACACGAAAAUGGGAACUUUUCCCAGGCAGAAAUCGAUUUUGUUGCGAUGGCAGAGUGAUGAUGGCACCACAAACUGGAGUCUUUUAUGUGACAGUGUGCCUCAUUGCUGGAACAAGUGGAUUAUUCUUUGCUUUUGAUUGUCCAUUCUUAGCAGUUCAUAUAACACCUGCUAUUCCAGUUAUUGGUGGUUUAUUAUUUAUUUUUGUAAUGUCAGCUUUAUUUAGAACAAGUUUUAGUGAUCCUGGAGUUAUUCCCAGAGCAACAGCCGAUGAAGCUGCCUAUAUUGAAAAACAAAUUGAGGUACCAAAUAAUGGUAAUUCUAAAAUGUACAGACCUCCACCUAGAACAAAAGAGGUAUUAGUUAAAGGACAACCAGUAAAAUUAAAAUAUUGUUUCACUUGUAAAAUCUUUAGACCACCAAGAGCCUCACAUUGUAGCUUGUGUGACAAUUGUGUAGAGAGGUUUGAUCAUCAUUGUCCAUGGGUGGGAAAUUGUGUCGGCAGAAGAAAUUACAGAUACUUUUAUGCCUUUAUUGUGUCUUUGGCAUUUCUCUGCGUUUUUAUAUUUGCAUGUGCCGUUACGCAUUUAAUAAUGCUUACAAGAGAUGGUAGUCCAUUUUUAGAAGCAGUGAGGAUAUCUCCUGGAAGUGUUGUUGUAGGAGUUAUAUGUUUCUUCUCUGUUUGGAGUAUUCUUGGUCUUGCUGGUUUUCAUACAUAUUUAACUACUAGUAAUCAGACAACUAACGAAGAUAUUAAAGGAUCAUUUUCCAUGAAAAGAGGGCAAGAAAGUUUUAAUCCAUAUAGUCAAGGAAAUAUAUGUGCAAAUUGUUUUUAUGUAUUGUGCGGACCGGCACCGCCUAGUUUAAUUGAUCGAAGAGGUAUUGUAACACCCGAAUAUCGUGCAGAACAAGAAAGAAUUGGCGAUGACAGUGUAAUUACUAAUAAUAAAGCGUAUGGUACUGUAAAAAUUGUACAACCACAGUCUAAUGGUACAAUUGUUCAAACAAAUCCUAGCCCAGAUCUCACAGGUUCCAUGAACAAUCUCGUUUCUGGUCAACAUUCACCACAAAUUGAAUCGAUAAACGGUAGCACUACGAACAGCGUGAGCCAACUUGUUACCAAUGAAGUACCACUAGCAUCACUUAAUAUAGCUCCAAUUGAUAUUGAUGAAAUUGCUCCGCUGCCUUCUCGUCAAAGUGUGGUGGUUUCCUCCACGUUGGAUACGUCCUCUAUACCUUCGGUAACUGUAACAACACCUUUGUCUGCAUCUAGACUUAGAUUGUUACAAGAUACUACCAUGAUAGAGUCUGCUUUAGACUUAGAUUCGUUGGAAGAUGCGAGUGUGGGUAGAGGGAGUCAAGCAGGACUUAUAAAAAUGGGAGCAGUAUAA